AGAAAAAAGUCGUCGAAGAUGAAGCUCCGCCUCCACCGGAAACCGAAACAGAAACGGAAGCGGAAACUGGCGGAGAAACGGAAGCGGAAACAGAAGGUGAAACGGAACCGGAAACUGACGGGGAAGCAGAGCCAAAGAAAAAACCUGAACCUGGUAGGUUUGUGUUAUACACUAAACAGGUUUAACUUUUUGUAAUAUAAUCUGACAUGGUAUAAACCAGCUGUUACUGGAAUGGUCGAAUACUUGGGGAAUGAUGUGUUUCGAUGUUUGUUGUCGUAACAGAAUAAUCCCCAAAGACAACUUAAUGAUUUGUAACAGAACAAUCCCCAAAGACAAGUCAAUGAUUUAUAACAGAACAAUCACCAAAGACAAGUCAAUGAUUUGUAACAGAACAAUCCUCAAAGACAAGUCAAUGAUUUGUAACAGAAUAUUCCCCAAAGACAAGUCAAUGUUCUAGCAACAGAACAAUCCCCGAAGGCAAGUCAAUGAUUUGUAACAGAACAAUCCCCAAAGACAAGUCAAUGUUCUAGUAACAGAACAAUCCCUCAAGACAGGUCAAUGAUUUGUGUCAAUGUUUGUUGUAGUAACAGGCCAGGGCCCAGAACCAAGCCCGACAAGAUACGUACCGCCUUACACCAAGAAGUUGCCUCCCCUGAAGACUUAUGAAAAGCCAAAACCUCCAGUCAAAUAUACCGGGGUAAGUAAAUUACCUUUAGUAUGCCACACUGUUUAUAUACCGGGGUAAACAAAUUACUAAGUUUACCUGUUCUUAUAUUAUGAGGUACGUUAUAUGUGAUAUACCCGGCGAGCAGGGGAUUAUCAGGUAUCCCCAUCCUUAUGUCACGUGUUAUAAUGUGACAUUUAGAAAUCCUGAGAUUACGCCAAAUAAUGUCAACAGACAUCCUAGCUGUCAUUAAAAUGUUGCUCCCUCUAGUAAGUCACAAGAUCAUUUCCAAAGUUUCAUAUUUCUCAAAGUUAUUGAUGCCAUUUUCAUUGUUUCUAUAGAAUAGUAGUUACUAUCCUAGUGUCUCAUUUUUAUUUUACUUAGUUCACAUGUUUUAAUAAUUGUAAAGCGCUUAGAGCUUUAUGAUAAGCGCUAUAUAAAAAUGCCUAAAUAAAUAAAUAAAUAAAUGAAGAAAAUUAGCUUGAAUGUACUUUCCUACUUUAGAAAGGGUGUGUUUAGAAUCUAGAAAAUGGUGGGAAAGUUCAUCGUAUGAAGAAUCUCGCCUUAACAUCAACUCAUUGCUUCCAACAUUUCUCUUCCGCCCCCCCUCCAGGCCCCACCCCCGGGGACCAGCAAGCCGUACACGUCACCGUUGUAUAAAACAAAGCCAUGGGUUCCACCUCCGUCACCCCCGACCUUGCCCAAGAAACCGCCGGUCCCACGCCUCUCCGGAGUCGCAGAGCCGCGCCCGGCGGUCCCGCAGCGCCCGCUGAAUUGGGAACUUCCUUACAGUCAGAAGUACAAGAUCGGGGAGUCCGGCAAACCGGGGCGGGAAUUCGUGCUUCACCACCUGUCGCCGCUGCCACCCAUAGCGGACUACCAGGUGAGACACAGUAGUGGUGUACCAGCACCCCCCCAAUGCUAUCGUUUUCAUUAGGCACAGCGCACAGAGCCCUCACGAAAAGCAUGAUGAAAACCCUUUUUAUGUCCAAGUUAACCUAGGCUUUUAAACUAAAAGACUGCCGUAUUGCUAUCAGCACAAUGUGAAUAAAUUGUUCUCGAUCAUGUUAAAACGUUUUGAAUUUUCUUUGUGAUUAAUUUGUGACGAUUGUUGAUUUUUUUAAAAAACAAUUUGGUCCAUUGCUACCAAUGAUAUUUUAUCAAUGUAUUAAAAUUAUUUAAGACCCAUUUGUUUUAAAAAUGAAAUUAAAUUGAUUACAUUCAGAAAUGGAUACGGUUUUAGAAGUACAUAACAAAUACUUGAUCUCAGAGAUAAGUUCGUCAUUUUGAUCUUUAGAGUACAAGAAAUGAUUACACGAUUCUCAAGUGUUUUGACCUCUCCUUUUACCACUCAUCAGCCCCCAACUCACCGAAGUGUUCCGGUGGAGUUGCCGACAAAAGCCGAGAUCGACGCACAGGGAAACAUUUCCAUCCACAUUGACGGUGACUGCAAAGCUGUACCAAAGGGAGCACAUGUUCAGGUAAGUACAACAAGCUGUACCAAAGGGAGAACAGGUUCAGGCAAGUACAAAAAGCUGUACCAAAGGGAACACACGUUCAGGUAAGUACAACAAGCUGUACCAAAGGGAGAACAGGUUCAGGUAAGAACAACAAGCUGUACCAAAGGGAGAACAGGUUCAGGUAAGUACAACAAGCUGUACCAAAGGGAGCACACGUUCAGGUAAGUACAACAAGCUGUACCAAAGGGAGCACACGUUCAGGUAAGUACAACAAGCUGUACCAAAGGGAGCACACGUUCAGGUAAGUACAACAAGCUGUACCAAAGGGAGCACACGUUCAGGUAAGUACAACAAGCUGUACCAAAGGGAGCACACGUUCAGGUAAGUACAACAAGCUGUACCAAAGGGAGCACACGUUCAGGUAAGUACAACAAGCUGUACCAAAGGGAGCACACGUUCAGGUAAGUACAACAAGCUGUACCAAAGGGAGCACACGUUCAGGUAAGUACAACAAGCUGUACCAAAGGGAGCACAGGUUCAGGUAAGUACAACAAGCUGUACCAAAGGGAGCACAGGUUCAGGUAAGUACAACAAGCUGUACCAAAGGGAGCACACGUUCAGGUAAGUACAACAAGCUGUACCAAAGGGAGCACACGUUCAGGUAAGUACAACAAGCUGUACCAAAGGGAGCACAUGUUCAGGUAAGUACAACAAGCUGUACCAAAGGGAGCACAGGUUCAGGCAAGUACAACAAGCUUUACCAAAGAAAGCACAUGUUCAGGCAAGUACAACAAGCUGUACCAAAGUGAGCACAGGUUCAGGCAAGUACAACAAGCUGUACCAAAGGCAGCACAUGUUCAGGUAAGCACAACAAGCUGUACCAAAGGGAGCACAUGUUCAGGUAAGUACAACAAGCUGUACCAAAGGGAGCACAUGUUCAGGUAAGUACAACAAGCUGUACCAAAGGGAGCACAGGUUCAGGCAAGUACAACAAGCUUUACCAAAGAAAGCACAUGUUCAGGCAAGUACAACAAGCUGUACCAAAGGGAGCACAGGUUCAGGCAAGUACAACAAGCUGUACCAAAGGGAGAACAGGUUCAGGUAAGUACAACAAGCUGUACCAAAGGGAGCACAUGUUCAGGUAAGUACAAAAAGCUGUACCAAAGGGAGCACACGUUCAGGUAAGUACAACAAGCUGUACCAAAGGGAGCACAGGUUCAGGUAAGUACAACAAGCUGUACCAAAGGGAGCACAUGUUCAGGUAAGUACAACAAGCUGUACCAAAGGGAGCACAGGUUCAGGCAAGUACAACAAGCUGUACCAAAGAAAGCACAGGUUCAGGUAAGUACAACAAGCUGUACCAAAGGGAGCACAGGUUCAGGUAAGCACAACAAGCUGUACCAAAGGGAGCACACGUUCAGGUAAGUACAACAAGCUGUACCAAAGGGAGCACAGGUUCAGGUAAGCACAACAAGCUGUACCAAAGGGAGCACAUGUUCAGGUAAGUACAACAAGCUGUACCAAAGGGAGCACAGGUUCAGGUAAGCACAACAAGCUGUACUGUGGAAAGCACAGGUUCAGGUAAGUACAACAAGCUUUACUGGAGAAAGCACAGGUUCGGUACCGAAGGGGGCACAGGUUCGGGUAAGUUGUUGAACAAAACAAAAAUUAUAUUGGUUUAUCAAAAUUGAAACCAAUUAUCUCCAUCUUGACACUUUGAAAAAAAUCCAAACAUUCAAAAACCAUAUAUUUUUUCAAACCCUUACAUAAAUAAUAGUCAAUGACAUGUCUAGUUGUCGAAGUCAUUCUUUGUUAUUUAUAUUAUACGGAACCAUCUAUUUUGACUAUGUUAUUUUAUUUAGAAAUGGUACAAAAACGACUUUAAAUCUCAUACUCAAUUUCUCCAACGUUUAUUUCAAUGGGAAGUCUAGUCAUAAAGGCACAAACAAAGAAUUGAAAGAAUCUUGACGUUAUGUCAUAUGUUCUGAUGUGUUCACUUAACGAGCCGAACUGUUCACCUAGCGCUUCUAGCGACAGUUCGUCCCUCUGGCGCAACAGGUUAAUUUAGAUGGUUUUGCGGUCAGUCCAUGGGUGAAGCGGUGAGUCCAUGAGUGAAGCGGUGAGUCCAUGGGUGAAGCGGUGAGUCCAUGGGUGAAGCGGUGAGUCCAUGGGUGAAGCGGUGAGUCCAUGGGUGAAGCGAUCAGUCCAUGGGUGAAACGAUCAGUCCACGUGUGAAGAAGACCAUCAUGCUAUUAUAUAAGUCAGGGUCCAAAAAGUGUCAUUGUGUGAACUUGGUGUCAUCUAUGAAGUUAUCUCAGUAGAAACACGGGGGGACCAACGCCAGUCAGGAUGGCACCUUCCCGAAGACGGAUUGAUGUUAUGUCAUUUGAGAUGUCAAAAACUUGGAUUCUGUUUUUUAGUUAGAAAAGCACUAAAAGAACUGACCAAGGACCAUGCAUUAGGAGAUUUCUAGCAUCUAACAAACACCACAAUGCCAAACAUCAUGAUAUCAUCAAACCAACCAUCAUGCUAUUAUAUAAGUCAGGGUCCAAAGAGUGUCAUUGUGUGAACUUGAUGUCACCUAUGAAGUUAUCUCAGUAGAAACACGGGGGGACCAACGCCAGUCAGGAUGGCACCUUCCCGAAGACGGAUUGAUGUUAUGUCAUUUGAGAUGUCAAAAACUUGGAUUCUGUUUUUUAGUUAGAAAAGCACUAAAAAAACUGACCAAGGACCAUGCAUUAGGAGAUUUCUAGCAUCUAACAAACACCACAAUGCCAAACAUCAUGAUGUCGUCAAACAAACCCACCCAUCCACCCACCCAUCUUCCCCACCUACACACUCAAGAAGCGCCUCUCUUCCCGACCAUCCACCCAAAACACGUUGUUUUCUCUUUGUUGAAGGUGACGCUGGUGCGUGGCUACGUCCCCAUGGAGCACAGCGCUGGCCGAAACGCCAGGCCAGACCCUCCUCUGAGCUUCCCGAGCUUCCCCAGCACCGCCAAGAUGGUCCCCCUGCCUUCAGAAUGUGCCCACCAGCUGGACCCGUUCUUUUCGCAUGACCAGCCCGGACCAGGGCGAUUCCCCCGGCUCAACACAACAAUGACCAUGGAGAAUUAUAUCCGUUACAGGCGACUGUAUCCAUAACUUCUGCAUCCCAACAAGGUGGUCACUUACUGUGUAUCCAUAACUUCUGCAUCCCAACAAGGUGGUCACUUACUGUGUAUCCAUAACUUCUGUAUCCCAACGAGGUGGUCACUUACUGUGUAUCCAUAACUUCUGCAUCCCAACAAGGUGGUCACUUAUUGGGAAAUGUAGCUCUUUUUUUCGCCUUAAACUCCGACCUGGUUACAUCACAUAUAGUAAAGUCAGAUAGAGUUGCACGAGAACAUGGCAGUAUUUGACGAUUUUCACAAAGCACAAAUAGAGCGUGGAAAGGUUUGGAGACACAGUUACCUGAAUUCAUUGUAAAGCAAAUUUGAUGUUAAUUUAAUCGGCAGAAGGUCAGAGAAGUUUUCGAUUUAAGCAGGUAGCGGAUAGAUUUGUUCUGAGAGGUGAUAGAUUUAAUCAGAAAGAAGUUAAGCUUAAUUUUAAAGAAGUGGUUUGUUUAAUUCGAGAAGUUAAAGAAGAGAAUUUGGGAUAUUCACGAUUGACUCAAGAGUUCCUUAAUCAUGCCAACUGUUGUGUAUGUUAUUAUAGAAGAAUACAAACAUUCCUUGACUGUUAUUUACACAAUUAUUUCCAUUUUUUUUAAAGUUUAAAAUUUUUAAAUUUUUGUUUUAUUUUAAGCGUGUACUACUGAGAGAAUACAACGCGUGUCCUACGUCACGGGUCAAGUGCUUCAUUCGAGACAUCCCAAACAAACACCGAUGUGUCAAGGUCAACGCCUGCACGUGCAAUGAUGUCCGGUGUUCCGUUCAACGGCGCACAGUUACAAACUAUAAAGGCGGACGGGGGGACCAGUCGUUCAGUGCCAACC